UGCCGGUUUUAUGACCGGUACAGGUUGAACCAGGUUCAACCAGUAGCACGCCGGCCGGCAUGACAACCAUGGAUCAUGUGCCCAACUUCUGGGGUUGGUUGCCAAACUUUGAGGGGCAUUUCGUAAUUUAUCCAAAUGCGACGUCCAUGCCCUUUUGCCUCCUUUUAAAAUCUUAGGGUUUUAGGGUUUUAACCAAACGGUUCGUUCCCGCCGUCACCUCGCUCUUCCAGUCUUCCUUCCCUGCCGGGCACCGGCUGCCGCCGCGUCAAGUCUCCGAUCGUUUGCUGCUCUGGUUGCCCGUCAUUUCCACUUGCCGCAAUCACGAGGACCGUUCGCCUUGCUUCAUCUCCUUGAAGUACCUGCUUCACUGGACUCCUGUAUCUACUACUCUUCUUGUCAGUGAUUGUUUUGGUUUUGCCUGUGGGCUUUUUCGAUUCAACUGAAAAAACCCAGAUACUCAACUCCCUCACUGCACCAUACGAAGAAACUCUUUUGGUUCAGAAACUAUACAUUUGCAAAGUUGGGGAACUGAAUUUAGCUAAAGAUGCCACGAACAACCACGGUGGAGUGCCCCGGCUGCCCUCCGAUUCGAGCCCUAACCUUCGACGCUCUAGGUCUCAUCAAAGUCACUGAGUCUCGAGGCAAUAGCGGAAUUCCUCAGGUGGUGGAAAGAUGGGGGGAUGCCGAUUCCUCAAAACGUGUGCUUGCUGCCUCCAUUGAUGAUCGUGCAAACGACCCAAUAUUGGCUGUCGCAAGGAAAAAUAGCACGAUUGAAAUUUCUAAUCCUCUUAAUGGGGACAUUUUUGUGUCAAUAUCCAAUAUUGGCGAUGGUGAUGCUCACCCUGAAGAUGAUGAUAAUGAUAUUGCUGGUUUGCAUUUAUUCAAGAAGAGCAGAUCGGUGGGAUCAUGCUCUUUGCUUACAUGUACAACCAAAGGCAAUGCAAGUUUGAGGUCAGUCGACAUUACACCUGCAGGGAACACUAACAAUGAUGGUGCCUCUAAUUCGUGGAAAGUUUGUGCUGCUGGUAAUAUCUUAUGUGCUAAAGUCCACGGAAGUGAAAAACAUGCUUUAUUUGGAGGGAAAGGUGUUGAAGUAAAUUUGUGGGAUCUUGAGAGCUCUACUAAGAUUUGGUCGGCAAAACCUCCUCCCAAAAACAGCCUUGGCAUCUUUACUCCAACAUGGUUUACGUCUGCAACAUUCCUGACAGGGGAUGAUCACCGGAAGUUUGUGGCUGGCACCAAUAGUCACCAGGUUCGUGUAUAUGAUGCUUCUGCUCAACGCCGACCUGUGAUAUCUUUUGAUUUUCGGGAGACCCCUAUUAAAUCAGUAGCUGAAGAUCAUGAUGGUUAUACUAUUUAUGUGGGAAACGGCUCUGGUGACCUUGCUUCUUUUGACACCCGCACAGGAAAAUUAUUAGGUUGCUUUCUGGGGAAGUGUUCAGGAAGCAUAAGAUCCAUAGCCCGACAUCCAGAUCAUCCGGUGAUAGCAUCAUGUGGUCUGGACAGCUACUUACGUUUGUGGGAUGUGAAGACAAGAGAACUUCUUUCAGCUACUUUCCUGAAGCAGCAUCUCACAUGUGUCGUCUUCGAUUCCAAUUUUUCUGACAAAGAAGUAGCGCCUGAUGCACAGAACACAGGUGAGAUCCCGGGAGAAGAUGAGCAAGAAGCAUUGAAGCCUGCAAAGAGGAAGAAGUCGUCUGAAGAAAUGAAAGGCAAAAAGAAGUCGUCGAGAGACUAUGGAAGCAAGAAAUCAAAGAAAAAGAGCCGUCAGAUUGAGAGUGAGGAGUGAUGAUAUGUAAUAAACAGUGUUCGAUAUCCAACACAUGAAUCUAAAGUCUUUGCUACCAAGUUUAAAAAUACCCUUGAACUGAAUUUUGUAUUUCCUUGUAAUGUGUUCUCUCUUCUUUCAUUACCACUUCCCGAGCAUCACUGUGAUUCUACUUUCUUUCCCUUGUGGUUGUCAGUAAGUCGAAGUGUUCCGAAUUUGUUAUCAUAUGGAGCAGGCCGAUCGUUGAGGCACAAAUGCAAGGAUCAUGCCUGUUUUUGCUCAACACUCAUGGUAGUUUUAUGCUCAAAUCUUCAAUUGAUCAAUGAAGCCACUAUGGUCAGCUAAUGGUAGUUUUUUGCUACCACUAUGGUCAGCUAAUGGUGUUGUUGGCUUGUUAACGAACGAAUCAUUGAAGACGGUGUGUUGGAAGAGUUGGAUUUAUGUAGCAGUGCGCCACAGAUGGAUCGUCACACGUGAAGGGAAUCUACUGCAAAACCUCAGCCUUUUGUUAGAAGGUAUCUGAACAGUCCCUGUAAGCUUGUGAAGAAAGCAACCUGAAAGUCUUGAAGGGUGCAACAGACAGCAGAAAAUCCUCGUCGAAUGAUCCUGAGAUUGUCACCAUGUUCAUGGAAGCUGAAUCUGUCACUGCUGCGUUGUCUAAAUCCUUUUUUCUGUUCAUUUGAGUCGAGCAUAGCAAAAUCAUCGAAGCCAACCAGCUGGUCAAUAGUUCCCAAGCUGACGAGAAACCAGAAAAGGAUUGCAGACUUGCAGUAGUAUCUGAGAAAUUAAUUUGGCUAUGAUUCCUUUAUAAAUAAUGAGGGAUGUCCAAGUUCAGUUGAAGAAGUGGCAGCUCUGCACUGAAGAUGUCGAUGAGAGCUGAGCUGCAAACUCUUAACAUGUCCAUAUAUGAAAAAUCAUUACUUGUAGAUUAGUAUACAUCUGUAAACCUGACACCUUGCAGUUACACUACACAGACAAAGAUCUUCCCUUUAUAAAUUUUGCAUCCCUCCCUUGUGUUAGUUUAUUUCUUUCCUCCCAAGACCGAAAAAUCUCCAUUGCACCUGCGGAAGUACACUUCACCCGCCAUGAAUUGCUGCUUGGCAUUGUUCAUAUUCGAUGGUGAGAUUUGACGAGCCUGUAGCUUAGGCAGCACAAGUGUAGCGUAUCAUAUUGAUCGACACUGCAACCGCAACUCAAAUCCUGCUCUGCCAGUAGCGUGUUUCAAGUUACUCCUUUGUGUGUAGAGAAUCCUGCACUCUCACUCGUUCGUCGAAGCAGAAAGGGACGUCAGAAACCAGCGAUCCCACGUUCAAUGCACUGAAAGUUACGAUGGCUUCUCUUCUCCAUUAUCAGAAUUGGCCAAUUCAGUGUAUCUUGCCCAUCUAUCAGCACUGCAAUCGCGUUGAUUCGGUGUUGUUACUGCCUCAGCUUCACAUAACUUUUAGCAGGCUUUGAGCAGGUGGGGAUGAACUAACUGGCUUGUCGGAGAUUCGAUCACGCUCUAUUGAUCUGCAAGCGAUCUCGGUGGAAGCUACGAAGUUGGCCAAGAAGAAGCAAAUGGAGGUCGGACAUGGUUGAUUUACUUCAGCUGCGUUUGAGCUUCCUGAUGGGUUUUUUUAUACCACAUCGUUUAAACUAGCAUGUAAGAGCAAAGGGCUUGCAAUAAAUUACGAGUUCUGUA